GUUUUAGACUUUAGUAGUGGGGCGAAUGACUGCCGCUCAAACAAACCUUUGUUUGAGGUCUCUCCGAUCAAACAAUUUGAGAUCAACAUUAGACUCUUAUGGAUUCAGAGACUUCCAAGAACACCGCUGGCCCUCGAAGAAAGGUAAAAUUUGUGCCAAGAGCUCCACCUCGUCGAGUGCCAAAGCUAGAAGUUAAAACUGAAGUUGUUGAGGAUGCAGAUGCAGUCAACGCUAGGGAUCUCCUGCGGCGUUUCAAUGAGAGUGCGAUGAAUGCAAAGCCCAAGGUUGAGAAAAAAGUAUCAGCGUCACAAAUUGCUUUUGGUUAUGGAGGUGAAUCAACUUCUAUCAAAUCAUAUGGGAUUCCCAGGGGUGGGAGCAAUACCAACGGAAGUCAGAAUUCAGCAUUCAACGGUGCGAGAGAGAAAGAAUACAAAGAACCAUGGGACUAUUACAGUUAUUAUCCUGUAACUCUUCCCCUGAGGAAGCCAUAUUCAGGAAACCCAGAAUAUCUUGAUGAGGAGGAAUUUGGGGAGGCUGAAGAAUCCAGAACUUAUGAUGAAAAUUCAUCAAAGCCAGCAAUGGAGCUUGGCCUUUUGGAGGACAACCCAGAGGCAAAAAUGUUUUUGAUUCAUUUACCACCAACUUUGCCUAUGAUUAAACAAUCAGCUACUGCUGGUCGCCAAGAUGUUAAUGAGAACUCUAAACCUCCAAGAGGUUCAAAAGAUGUGGAGAAACCCUGUAAGUUGAACGAAUUACCAUCUGGCUUCAUGGGUAAAAUGCUUGUAUACAGGAGUGGUGCAAUCAAGCUGAAACUUGGUGAUACCCUUUAUGAUGUUUCCUCGGGUUUGAAUUGUUCGUUUGCUGAAGACUUGGUUGCUAUCAAUACUGCACAAAAGCAUUGUUCCUCAAUUGGGGAGAUCAGCAAGCAUGCCACUUUAACCCCGGACAUAGAUGCCAUAAUUGGCAGUCUGGCUGAUUUAUGAUAAAUUCAAUGCAUUUCGUUUUAAAAUAAUUUGCAUUAUAUUUAUGAAAUUGUUAAAAUUUUAUGUCUUAAAAAUAUAAAGUAUGAGGUUUUCUUGAUUGCAAAGGAAAACAACUGCUUACUUAAGGAAAGGAAAAUAGAGA